CAGUGCGCGACGAUUCGGGUUUCACUAAGCAGAUUAGUGACAUAAAACUGACAAUGAGGCAAAGAUUUACGGUGCUUCCCCGCAAGUCACAACAUCGGAUUAAUGAAAAGUGACCGUAACAUCCCGAGUUUGCGUAAUUAGAUAAUGAUGCUCGUUUAGACGCUGGAAGGUUUGUCAAAUGGAAAAGAACGAGCAAAACGUUGUGUCGCUGACCGUUAUAACAUAUCCUGAAUUCGAUUUCGCGAAACGAUUAUUUCUGUUCGUCCGAACUUUCGUCCGAAAUCGCGUGACUAUUGACAGAGAAAGGUAGGGAAAAAAAGAAGUUCGGUCAUUAAUUUAAAUAAGAUUUACAUUCUAAGGAUGGGAUUCAUCGCGGCGAUUGUUAUCAUCGCUCUUUCGGAUUCAGCAAUAUGCAACCAAGAUUUUCAACGGUCGCGCAAUGUUUGGGAGAAUCCCGAAUACAAAUUCUGUUCGUCCGCAGUUGGAUUCAAAUACAACUUUCAAUACGCAGCAGUCGCUUGAAAAAUCUCAAAACUUGCAGUCGGGAAUAAACUCUCAACAGAACGACAUAACGAGCCACCGCGUGCGGCGGCCGUCACUGUUUCUCACCCCGCCGAAGAUCAGUUACUCAGCAUGCGGGCAAACUUCCUCUAAGUCAUAUCCUACGCCAAGAUCGAGUAGCCAACAACAGUCAUCAAUGUGUGGGCGGGAAAGUUUUAAAGGCUCCACAUAUAGUAAUUUUCGGUUGAAUCAACGUCAAUAUUCAUCGAGCCUUUCGUCCCUGAAUAUUCCAGAAACGUCGUCCACUUCCUUCCCGUCAGAACCUCGGCUUUUUUCAACGACUAGUGCAAGACCGCUUCGUUCCGCCUCCAGGACUGGCAAGCAAUUGGGCGGAUUUACGGGUGGAAAUGAGGGCAUUUCUGGAAUUUCUGGAGUUGCAUUCGCCGCAUACUCACCCCCACGAAUCCCUGUUCCAAAUGCGAUAGAAAUGACCACUUCUUUGAUUGGAAUUGACGCGGACGGUUUAGUCGAUAUACGGAUUUAUGAAAAUAAAUUGGCUGGCGGUGAUCUCAAUCAUCCUCCGCAUAUCCAUAGCCUUGACGUUGAAUGCAGUAAGACAAUGAUGACGAUCAAUAUCGAAUUCAAUCGCGCUUUCGACGGCAUUAUUUAUUCUAAGGGAUAUUACACAAAUCCGGAAUGUAUAUACGUAAAACAGAAUUCCGGCUCAACGCGGUAUUCUUUCACUGUGAAUUUAGACUCCUGCGGAACUCAAUUCAUUAACGAUUUCGAGGGUGCGACUGGUCAAGCAUAUUUGGAAAACGUCCUGGUAUUACAAAACGAACCGGGUAUACAAGAAGUCUGGGAUGCAGUUCGAAGGGUACGAUGCCUCUGGGAAGGGAACAUUAAUAAGGCCUUAACAGUGAAUCUUUCAAUAGAUAUGUUGAAUCAAGAGAUAGUUACCUUCAGUGGCGAUACCGCGACAGCCAAACUGGAUAUCCAAAUCGGCAAAGGACCCCUUGCACCCGCGGCCGAUGGGCUCGUAAAAAUCGGAGAAACAAUGACCUUAGUGGUUUCCGUGGAGGGCGAUCCUGGUUUCGAUCUUCAGGUGCGCGAUUGUUUGGCGCGAGACGAAGCCUCAAUCAACAUUCUGCAGCUGAUCGACGAAAGAGGCUGCAUUGUAAAACCGAAGUUGUUUGGUGCCUUUCAAAAAACACUAGUGGAUACUGGCACAGGUGCUUCUGUUAUCGCUUACGCGUUCUUCCAAGCUUUCAAAUUUCCCGACGUUAUGGAUCUAUUCAUUGAAUGUAAUGUCGAACUAUGUAAAACUAACUGCGUACCUUGUCCGGAAGCAAAUCAACAAAUUGAACCAAGAAAACGUCGUCGAUCAAUAACAUAUGCAUCAUCUUCAAGCAACUCGGCGAAUUCGGUUCUGUUAUCGGAUCCAAUUCGUGUCAGACGGCGUCUCAGAGUAAUUAUGUUAGACGACUUAAGCAUAGCGUCCAGCCAGAUUUUGGAUAGCAUGAAGGAAACGACUGCCAAAGCAACAAAAGAGAUCUGUAUAAGCAACAAUGGAUUUUACACAAUAUUCUCUCUUACAUUGGGCACGCUUCUUUCCGCGAUCAUAAGCGCAGUUGUGUUAUAUGUUAAAUUACAGCGGAUCUGCUGAGUAAAGUUCGUGGAUUUCUAAAAUAAUUAUAUAAUGUUUCAAUAUUAUUAUUGUAGUAGUACAAAUUAAGAAAAGAGUUGCAUAGAGAACAAUGCGUGCCAGAAAUCAAAUGAUAACUCGAACACUAAGAAGUUAUUAUUUUAUAAUUUUGCAAUCAUUCAAAUUGCUAAGAAAAUGCUGAAGAUCAAAGAAAAACUCGAAAUAUUUAGAUUAUUUAUUGACAGUAUUUGAAAAACCAACAAAAAUUUUAUGUUAUUUAUUGUUUUAAAUACUUACAAAUUAAUUUUUAGAAAACAUUAAUUUUAUUGCAAAAAAAACUUUCUAUUUAAUGUAAGAGCAGAGAAAACAAUUACAUGUUACAUAUUAUUUUAUAAAUAACAAAAAUAUUAGUACAAUCCUUAAACAAUACUGUACUUACUUUAUUAGUAAUACUUGAAUACCAACAAGAUAUAGUAUUAGUAUAUUUAUUAUAAUAUUAACAUUAAUAUAUCUUAUGGAAUA